GAAAAAAGAAAAAAAAUCUAGACUUGUUAAAAUUGCAAUCAGAAGAAACCUUUGAAUCCAACGCCGAGUUAACUCGCCAGAUUCAGCAUCAAUGGCUGGGGUUAUGCAGAAGUUCCUUGUUGCAUCAAUGUUCAUGUGGAUGCUUCCUAUUGCCAUCUUAUAUGGUUUCAACAACGAUUUGCUUCCUGGUUCAACAACAUUGUCUCCACACUCUCUUACACUACUGAGUGGAUUUCUUGCGGUGGUAUCAGUCAAUGUAGUCAUUGUGUUCUACAUCUGUCUGGCCCUGAAGGAACCUGUGGAUAAACACAAGCCAGACGCUUCGUUUGUCGCUGAGGCCAAGGAUAGCGUGAAGAAACUGACAUCAGCAGUCCCAAGCACUGACCCGGCACUCAAGAAACAAGAGUAAGAGGUUACCAAACCCCCAUUUUCUUAAAAGCAAGGAACAGCGCCGAUAUUGCAUCAGAUGGAGCAUCUUUCAGGUUCUUGAAAUGUAUUUUUAUAAUUUGUAGAAAUUCUUGGCUGGUAGUUCAUCCUCUGUUGUGACAUUUGGUGGUUUGGUUUAAGCAACAGAAACUGCAAUGUUCAUGUUGAACCGAUACGAGAGCAAAUGUUUUAUGGACAAAACUGUGUUUCCAGUUGCUGUUCCUUCAUUGCAAGGAUACUAAGUGAAUUUUAAGGUGACAGUUGUUUA